UGCGCCUUAAAGGAAUAGCUUGCCUAAAAAUUUUUACUCAUCCCCAAGCCAUUUUAGGCGUAUAUGACUUUCAGACAAACACGGUCGGAGUUAGUUUUUUGUUUCCUGGCUCUUUCAAGCUUGGUAAUGCUCGUGGAUAGCGGCCAUUAUUUUGAAGCGGAAAUAACCAUAACGUCUUCAGGGGGUCACCACAGUCCUCUGAAGCAGAUCGAUGAGUUUUUGUAACAGACAUAUUUCUAGUUCUCAAAGUAUAACGUAAAUAACGGACUACGGUUCCUCCUUCUUGGCUAACCAAUGAUUAGACGCAUUACUCAAUUUACGUAACUUUACGGCGCUUCAAAAUAACGGCCGCUAUCCACAAGCGUUAUCAAGCUCGGAAAAGCCAGGAUAAAUAAAAAAAAAAACGUUGAAAUAAGAAAGUCAUAUGCGCCUAGGAUAGCUCGGGGGUGAGUAAAAUAUUAGUAUUUUUCAUUUUUGGGUAAACUGUUCCUUUAAGCAGCUUUUAUUCAUACACCGUCAGUUGCCAGUGUUGUUUUCGUCUCCGUGUUUUCUGAAGCCAUUAUAAAUCUCUCAGACUCAGACAGAACAGUUUGGCCUGUCUGGCCUUCUCUCACUAAAUCACGACCUGUACUUCAGCUCACACAAAGGUGUCAUCUAGCGUCCAAGCACGCAAACGCUUCACAGCGCGAGGCAAAGACCGGAAGCGCCGCCAAAAUCAGUUCACGCACCAGGUGAAGGAUGGAAAUGUGUCCGAGGAGGAGCGGUCACGUGAUGAUGCACGGAGAAGAACCUUCUUGUAGUUAUUAUAGGCGAUUAGCGUGUGCCUGCAGGGCUUAUCCUCCUCCUCCUCGAACUCAGUCACACACACCAACGCGCUCAUACACGCAAAUAAACUCGCACACGCUUCCCAUCCCACUCCGUUCAACUUUAGUGACCUACUCAGCCUUGAGAAAUCCUCUUUCUAAUCUGGGUUCCCCCGCCCAUCCCAAUCCUCCCGCUCUUCUCGGCUCUCACCUGUUAGCAUGCUAAACAAGAUGCGGGCUGCGAGGUAUUUUUCUUGCUUUUAUCGGUUUUCGUUGAGGACUGAUAAAGGGGUUUUUGUCCACUGAUGGUCGAGCGGGAUCGGAUGUGUGUGAGUGUGUGUGUCCGUGCUGGUUCAUCUGACUGAAGGAUGUAUCGUCCGCUGGUGGCCCUGGUUCUCCUGGGCUGCUGGAGCGUGGCACAACCCUUCUGUCCUUCCCAGUGCACCUGUGUGUACCACGGACGCAGCGAUGGCACUGGCAGCAGGUCUGUUCUGUGCAAUGACCCUGACAUGUCAGAUAUUCCAGUCAACGUCCCUGUGGACACGGUGAAGCUGCGGGUGGAGAAGACAGCCGUGCGUCGAGUACCCACCGAGGCCUUCUACUACCUGUCCGAGUUACGCUACCUGUGGAUAACAUACAAUUCAGUCACGUCUGUGGAUCCUGGCAGUUUCUACAAUCUGAAAGUUCUUCAUGAGCUACGACUGGAUGGGAACAUGAUCGCUACCUUUCCCUGGGAGUCUCUGAAAGAGAUGCCCAGUCUCAGGACCUUGGACCUGCACAACAACCGAUUGACUAGUAUUCCUGUGGAGGCAGCACCCUACCUGGUUAACAUCACCUACCUAGACAUUUCUAGUAACAAGCUGACCACCCUUCCCUCUGACCUGGUGGACAUCUGGCCUCCAUUCUCAGGCAUCCUGCCCAGUGCCAAUGCAUCACAAAAGAUUGUUCUUGGUCUACAGGACAAUCCCUGGUACUGUGACUGUCGGAUUUCCAAGCUCAUUGAGUUGUCUAAGAUGGCCAGCAUACCUGUGGUGCUGAUGGAUCAGGUUCUGACAUGCAGUGGACCGGAGAACUUAGUUGGCGUUCUGUUCCAGCGAGCCGAACUGGAUCAGUGCGUAAAGCCAUCAGUUAUGACUUCAGCAACUAAGAUCACUUCACCACUGGGCAGCAAUGUGCUUCUGCGGUGUGAUGCCACUGGUUUCCCUACUCCCACCCUUCUCUGGACCAGAGCCGAUGGGGCGGCAGUUAACAUCACAGUUGUGCAGGAAUCUCCAGGCGAGGGUGUGCGUUGGUCCAUCCUCAGUCUGCACAGUAUCUUGUUUAAGGAUGCAGGCGAUUACCGCUGCAAAGCCAAGAACUUUGCAGGAAAUGCCGAGGCGUACAUCAACCUGUCUGUGGAUGGGGUGCAGACCUCAACACCAUCCUCGCCGACAAACAUAACCAAGCGGCCCAACGAUCAACCCAUGACUUCUUUUGCUGGGACAAAGAUGCCAUUGUAUACUACCUUAAGCCCAGCGCUCACAACCAGAGCUUCCAUGACCACGAUCCCACCGCUGACAACCAGGAAGAGUCCAGGACCAGGUGGAGGAAUUCAGAGGUCUCCACCAGCUGGGGACAAGCCAGCUAAGAUCCAGCAAAGCAAGGGCAGCAAAGGUUCGAUGUCUGGCGAAAAGUCCAAAAAGAAAGCUGAUCUCAAAGACAUUGAGGUAGUGGAAGAGACAAGUGACACGGCGGUCCUAUUAUGGAGAGCUGAAGGUUUGCCAAGCAACUCGCCCUUAACAGUCUUUUACUUUCCAUACGAUGCGAAAGACGACAAGGAGACGGUCGAUACGGAAGUUGGUCAAGGGAAACUGCUCUUGGAGUAUCUGAUGCCAAACCAGGUCUACACGGUGUGUUUGACUGCUAAAGGUUUGGUGGCUGGGAAAGAGCAGUGUGUGGAUUUCAGUACUCUGGAUAACAGUGGAGAAGAUGGGCAGAACAAAAUCCUAAUGAUCGCCAGCGGGAUCGCGUGCGCAGUCGCCGUGCCUCUCAUUGUGGUGUUGCUCUACAAGAUCGUAUGUCUCUGCUGUAAAGGAAGCAGUAGCAGGAACAAUGGACCAGACGACGACCUUUCAAAAGAGACGUACGUAAAGUUCGAGACGCUCACUAUGAAACAAAGGACACUGAACGGGCAGGCGAAUGAUCUUUGGGCACGAAGGCAGACUCAGGAGUCAGAGAGGAUGCUCCUGUGCUCACGGUCAAGCAUUGACUCUCAAAUGACGUACAAGAGUGACAGCUCUAGAUCCGAGUAUCUGUGCUAAUGUAUAGCAUAUCGGCUUUGUGUGUUACUUGGUAUUACUUGGUAUUAGACAAGCUGUGGCAACAUCAGUUUUAAAAGAUUAGCUCUUGAUACGCUGUCAAACUCGUUGCCUUACAAGACUUAUCUUGACCCACAAAUUGUCUCAUCGCCCAUUUUUCGAAAGCCAUAUUCUUCACCCAAUCACACACAAUUCUGUAUUUGUUUUUUUUACGAAAUACAGUGUACAUAUAUGUAAAUAUUGUGUAUUUUUGUUUAUGCCAACAUAUGAUGAAUUAGAGUUACGUAUUACGAGUGGUGAAAAUUGUAAUUAAACCUUUUUACUGCCUAAAUGAAGCAUUGAUAUUUUGGUGUUAUGUGCUGCAACAGAAAAGUUUACACACCAAAUAGGCACCAGGCUCUCUUUUGCUUUUAAAUUUCAAAUCAAGCAGAAACAUAUACUUUGUUGCAAGAUCAUAUUUAACGUUUCCGAGAUGAUGUGUGUGAGUUUGAACGAUUAUGCAUAAUGUCCAUUUCAUGUUUCAGCCCUCUACUUAUUUUUGUCUUCUCUAUCUUUCUACCUCUCUGUCUUUUAUUUAAUUGUACAUUUAUAUGCAAUGUUUGUGUAAAUCCCUUAUGUGUGCCAUGCAUGUUACUAAAAUGUCCCUAUUCCCAUUUUCUUCCAUUAGAAUGGAAUGUUCAGAAUUAGAGUAAUUUUCAAAUUCAGGAUACAGCGCAGCAUGAACAUAUUUAAUAUAAAAAAAAUCUAAACACAGCUUCCAAAAAAACAAAAACUCAUUAAUUCUGCAUUAAUUUAUUAUUGUUUCUUGAGCAC